AUGGGUAGUGGUGAUCCAUUUGAGCACGAAGCAUUUCUUGCUCUUUGGCUGUCGAGGUAUGUCUUCACUUUAAAUUACGACACCAUAGAAAUGAAAUUUGUCCCCACUGCAGUUCAACUUUCUAGAGGGACUCCAAUCACCAUUGCUCCAGCAGUUCUUGCGAGCAUUUAUAGAGACUUGACUCUGCUGAAAAAGUCAUUGAUUAAUGGUGGUUUAAGAGUCAGUCUCUGGGCUCCAUGUCAAUUACUACAGCUUUGGGCAUGGGAAAGGUUUCCUAAUUUGAGUCCUCACCCAAUGCCUUCAAAUGGGAAGUUGAGAGUUGAAGACGUGAGGAAGGCCAUAGAUUCUGCUGAGGAAUGUUUCCUGUGGCGGCCUUAUGCCACUGUUGUGAACAAUUGGGAGUUUAGUAAGUUUUACAGUGAAAAUGAGGACUCUGUCUUGGUUGAAUCUGAACAGUAUCUCCCACAUCGAGUUUCAAUGCAAUUUGGGAUUGAUCAAGGACUUCCUGGCUCUGUCCUUCGAUUCAACAUGGCCCCUGAACUGGCUUGGAGCAAUUAUAAUAGGCCGAUUCGAGAUGCCAUGGUUUAUAUACCAUCCAGACUCUCUGAGUCAGAUGUCACCACACAAUAUUUACAGUGGUGGAACUGGUUGAUGUUGGCCAGGGAAGAGAUAAUCAAGGGCGUAUUGAAGAAGCAACAUUUAAGAAAUCCCACCAGAUUGCCACGGGUUUUUCUGGGGAAGCAAGGAAGAUAA